ACAAAACCAUGUAAAGAAAUUUAAUAAAUAUGAGCGCGGUUCACUGGACAAGAAUUAUAGUUCAUUCAGUUAGUUGCGAACCAGCUCAAGCAAUUCGAUAAUAAAUACCAAAACAUAUCGAGCCAACUAUUAUGGCAAUUACCAAGUGUUUUUACUCUUGUAAAAUUAAGAACUAAGUAAAAAGAAUAACUAAUAUGAUAUAUAGACGCUGUGCCGCCGAGGCGACGCUUCUGUGGAAUGCCAUGACCAAAGUGCACACAUACAAGCUGUUGAACAGCGCCAGCCUAAGCCGGCCUAGAAUCUACAGACACAUGGCCAGCAGCAUAACAGCUCCCGGAGACGCCGCCGAUGUAUCUGGUGCGCCGGCCAAGACGGCCAGAAGUGGAAUCGCUGGUGGUGUCAAGACCUUGCCACAGGUGGAUGAGCCAUUGGAAACGGGCCUCUCGCCCAGCCGAUCGCGUGCGUUGCGCAAGAAACGUUUGGCCAUCGACGAGCUAUCUGCCCUGGGGUUCCUCAAGACACGUGGCUACACGACAGCCGAUGAAUACAAUUUGGAGGAGCUGCAUGAGGCGCUCAAGCAACAGAAUCUAUAUGAAACCAAACGAUUCUUCUCCACCGACAAUCUGGGCGUCGAGCAGAAUGUGCUCUAUGUUACGGCCAAAUACCAAACGGGAUCGCGUCCACGUGAGAUCUUCUUCUUUCGCGAGGGAUCAGUGGUGUUCUGGAAUUGCAACGACAUCGAAACGAACAAUGUGCUCAGCUUCCUGCGCAACUUCGAGCGAGAAUCGUACGUGAGCACCCUGGUCCAUGGAGAGAGCGAGGUCAUGCCCUACACCUACAUCGCAUCGACGGCAGUUGAUGUUGAGGGCGACCUGGUGGCCGAGUGCAGCGAUAUGAAUGUGGCAUCGCGUGCCUUCUUCCAGAACGGCAAGUUCUAUGUGACGCAGGAUAGUGACAAUUUCCUCUAUAAAUACACAUUCUCAAAUGCGAUUGCCCAGUCGAUUAAGUUGGGCAUUUGGGAGACGACUCUGGAUCGAUACAUUGACUCGAUGGAGUAUCUGACAGAGGAUCUGAAACGUGGCCGACGGCUGCGUAUAUCACGUGCCUCGAUGCUGCGGAAAACUGGUGAAUUAUUUGCACUGCGGCAUUCCAUUAAUCUGUCCUCGGACCUGCUCGAUGCGCCGGAUUUCUACUGGGAUCGCGAGGAGCUGGAGGGGCUCUAUCUGCAGGUGUGCUCUUAUUUUAGCAUCACACGGCGCACCAAGGUGAUGAACGAGAAGAUCAACCACUGUGUCGAGCUGGCCGAACUGGUCUCCCACAAUCUAAACGAUGCACAUCACAUACGGCUCGAAUGGAUGAUCAUUAUUUUGAUUAUGGUGGAAGUGGGAUUCGAGAUAUUGCAUUUUGUCGAGGGUGCACUGCAUCAGGGCAAGACAAUGCAUGCCAAUCCCUAUCCCAUUUCCGAGCAUAGUGCAUAAGCUGAAUAUUUCUUUUGUAUUUACAGUCUGUAAAAAUGUUUUGAAAUUAAAUAUCACGUUUUUAGUUUGUUAA